AUGGACUCUGAAAAUCAUGAUUUUAAUUCAACGCCAGGCAAUUGGAAUGUAAGUGCAUCAUCUAAUGAUAACAAUGAAACACCAACAAUAAAUUCAACGAAUCCAAAUUAUCGUCCAGUUAUUGAUUCAUUGGUUGAUAAAAGCAGAACGGAAUCACGACGAGAUCAAGAACAUGCUGAAAAUAUUGUUUCAAAAACAAAAAAACUUGUUCAACAACAGUGGGAUCAAGCUCGUCAUUCACUUGUUCAAAUACGAAGAAAGGUUAGCCAAAUGGUACCAAAACCAGCACAUAAUCUUAUUUAUUGGCGAAAUCCAAUUCAAUCUGGUGUUGUUUUUGGUGUUUCAUUAUCUGUUAUUAUAACAUUUAUGUUUUUGUCAUCGUUGGCGGCCAUUUCGUUUUGGUUACUUGCAUUUCUUGUAGUCGUUGGUCUCUACAAAAUGUAUAAUUAUGUCAUGAUGACAUUCGUUGGACGUGCUCAGAGUGACAUAUUUGAUUUAAUGUUUCCAUCUGAUAUGUCUAUCUCGGAACAGCAGGCUAACGAUUUAGCUCAUAGCAUUCGUGUUAAUGGAACAAGUUUAUUAAAACAUGGAAGAAAUCUUUUCUUGUGGAAAAAUUUAACAAAUUCAAUUCUUUUUGGUCUUAUACUUUUUGUUUUCUUCUAUAUUGGUUUAUCAAUGAAUGCAUUAACAUUUGCACUUAUUGGUUUAAUUUUCAUUUUUACUGUACCAAAAAUUUAUCAAGUAUAUCAGGUACCAAUUGAUCGUACUGCUAAGACAGUACUCGAUCAAAUUAACCAACUUUUGGCUAAAGCUACAUCAAAAUUACCAAAUAAAGCGAAAAAAAAUUAA